CCUUUUGGUGACACACGUGGGUAAAUAUGUCAGAGAUGGCGGAAGUGCUGGUUAGAUUGGAGACUGCUGCUGGAACGGCUCCUCAGCGUGGGAUUAUGGAACCAGAGAGAAACGAAUCAGGCACCCCAUCUGUGGCAGUGACUCCUGCGGCUCCUAUUAAUGCAGGUCGUGCACCCGUUCGUCGUGUGGCCAACCAGAUCCCUGAUGAAAUUGCCCACAAUCCUCUUCUGCUGGAAGCCAUGAAAGUACUGCCUGAAAACUACAAUUUUGAAAUACCAAAGACAAUAUGGAGGAUCCAGCAAGCUUCGGCCAAAAGGGUUGCUUUGCAGAUGCCAGAAGGACUCCUCAUGUUUGCCUGUGCCAUCGCUGAUAUCAUCGAAAGGUUCACAUCAGCAGAGACAGUAGUGAUGGGCGAUGUGACGUACGGGGCAUGCUGCGUGGAUGAUUACACUGCACAGGCACUAGGAGCUGACUUCAUGGUACAUUAUGGACACAGCUGUCUCAUUCCCAUUGAUGCCACACACGGAGUGCGCAUGUUGUACGUUUUUGUGGAUAUAAAGAUCGACACGUCUCAUUUUGUGGACACCAUUCGUUUCAACUUUCAAGCAGGAGCAUCACUGGCACUUGUCAGCACAGUGCAGUUUGUGUCAGCACUUCAGGCAGCUCGCCAGGCAUUACAGACGGACUACAAUGUGACUGUUCCACAAUGCAAGCCGUUGUCACCCGGAGAAAUCUUAGGUUGCACCUCCCCAAGGCUGAACAAGUCUGUGGAUGCCGUAGUGUACCUGGGAGACGGGCGCUUUCACCUAGAGUCUGUGAUGAUUUCCAACCCUGAUACAAAAGCCUACAGGUAUGAUCCAUACAGCAAGGUAUUCUCUCGGGAAUAUUAUGACCACAGCACCAUGCUUAGACACAGAGGGGAGGCAAUCUCAGUUGCUACCAAUGCAAAAACAUGGGGGCUUAUCCUGGGCACUUUGGGUCGUCAAGGAUCUCCCAAAAUCAUGGAGCACCUGGAGUCACGUCUGCAGGCACUCGGCUGUCGUUACGUGCGGCUGCUGCUGUCGGAAAUCUUCCCUAAUAAACUCAAGCUGUUCCCAGAGGUGGAAGUGUGGGUGCAGGUUGCCUGCCCAAGACUAUCCAUUGAUUGGGGGACAGCAUUCUCCAAACCUCUGCUCACUCCAUAUGAGGCAUCAGUGGCUCUGAAAGAAGCAGAAUGGCAGCUUACUUAUCCCAUGGAUUUCUACGCCAAUGAGUCCCUUGGUCCAUGGACAGUGAACCAUGAAUCCCACCGGCCCACUCGUGCAACAGUCCGGCGCACACAGAAACCCGAGCAGAGAAAGCUUCAGUGCACAGAUGUAGGUGCAACGGUUGAGGAAUGCCCCUGUCAGGAGAAAGUAGAGACCAAGACUGAGUGACCACAGUACAAGAUUUCCUCUACACCAUUUUGUGCAAAGAUCAUUGUACGGUUUGGGUGUCAUUUACCAUCUUUACCAAGCAGGCGUGAAGGCAGGAAAUAAACAGACAGACCAUCUUUCCGAUAGACUGAAACAGUAUCAUUCCAAAAGGAACCUCAUAGGCCUUCGUAACUCUUCUAGACUUUCAGAACAUUGCUGUAUUCAAGCAGUCCAUUUAGCAAGCUGUACAUUUUGUGCCACCUUCGGGGGUGUAAAGAACGCACCCAACUUAUCUCUGCUCUCAUCUUGGGGCUUCCUGACUCAUGCCGUGCCAGCUAAUUAAAAGCUAGGUUUAAUGAGGGCUUGCUUGUUUGCUACGCUCUCCCUCCUUCUGUUGCCUGGGUGAUGAGGGAUUGAGCCCAAGAACGUUGGCAUUGAGUGCAGCAUUCCCUCCUGUGAGAACCAAUCACCUCCUGCAUGGAGACCCACAGCAAGCAGCUCUGUUAUAUCUCUCUGAUGGGAUCACAGGCUUUAAUGUUCCUUGGAAAAAGCCCAGCAAUCACUGUGCCUACAGCUCCCAUCCAGAAGAAGAGCUGAACUUCAGGGGUGUUGCAGCAAUUGAAGCAGAGACAAAGAAUAAACAACAAACAGCGCCUUCAUGUAAAUGCUCAGAAUGGGUCACAAACUAAAUCAUUUCCAUUUAAGUUACUGCUUUCCUAUCAUACGACACAUGCAAAACUCAAUUUUUAUUUCGCCUGCUAUAACUUUUCAACAGACUCGAGCACAUCAGAAUCUGUUGACAGUUCUACUACAGAGAGAAGUAGCUUUGAAAUAUAUAUCCCAUCACUGUGGCAGAGAAGGAUUUCAGUACAGAAUCCCCCAGGCAAUUAAAUCAUUAUGGCAGGGAAAGUUAUGGUGUCGGCCACUGUCUGUAAAACUUGUCUGCACAAUAAAGCUGCUGGGUUUUUUUCUAGCAGGUAGGGGAAAAGCUGCCUUCUGGGGUCUAAAUUGGAUUGCAGGGAAAAAAGAAACGCCGGCUGGAUCUAAAUGGCUUAUGUCUGCACCUUUUGCAGAUAUAUAGUAUAUACACCAAUGUCUCUAUGUAUUUAUACAUUAUUAUUGUAACCAGCAACCCAAUAUAGUCUUGCACCUGU